AAUCCGUUUCAGUUGCGGUAGGAGCUCUGCGCUAGCGAUUUGUCGAUGACGGUGGACGACAGCAGCAGCAAAACGGCAAUAGCGUGUGUGAAUUAAUUUUGAUUUUAAACAAAGUGUCUUUAUUUUUAUUCGUUGUGCUAUUAUCUGCCAUCACUUUCGCUCAUGUGACGGUCCAUAUGCGAACGCGUGCGAUAGUGAGAGCUUUUCCCCAAUUGUGUACAAUUUUCAAAUAUUUCCUAAUUAAGUUUAUAAUUAAAAUUAAUUGAAAAAUUACAUAUGCUUAAAUGCUUUUCUAAGUGAAGAAUAAAUACGAAUGAAUGAGUGCUUUAGUGGUCACAGUGUGCGGACAGUGAAUAUCUGUACAAGUAUGUGAAUUUGAUUCAUAUGUGUAUACCUGGUGUUUGAAUAACGAAUAAACAUAAUUGAGCAGUUCAAAAUACAAAUGAAAAAAAUCCAAGCGCAGCGGAAAAGCACUUGACCAGCAGAAGGUGCAAAUGGCAACUCACGUCCUCCUGUUAUCUGCUUAGACCAGACAAAUCAUUCUGCGUUACCGCCUCGGAAUUUCAUAUUUGAAAUAUUUAAACUACACAACCAACAUAACCCCAUAUACAAUAGGGUACAUGGCGAGAUAUACCUUACGAACGACGUAGCAAAACAGUGAAUGAGUGCGAACGCCAAAGGAGGGCAGCAGCUACACUUUUUUAUUUAAUAAUAUUGACAGAGAGCGCUCUCGCCACAAGAGAGCAGCCGUCGAAGCCGCAGCGCUUGUAAACGCUUGCAGAGCAGCCCAAAAAGGCAAAAGCCGAACGAGUCAAAACAAAGUGUCUACGAAGAGACAGCAAAAGCAGAGCGCCAAAUAGCCUGGCAAAGCAACACACACCAAAAACACUAAAAAGACCCCCACAAAUCCACAAGCUAACACACAUACGUGCCGCCACACACAUACCCCCCAGCGAACAACAACAACAGAGAGAGCAAUAAAAACGCACCGAGCACUACUAACUAGCAAAAUCGAAAGCAAAAACUACAGCGCUGUGAGCGUUUCUAAGCUGUGUGCGAGCAAGUUGAGUGGCCAGGUUUGCUGAGCCACAGAGCUCAGUUGACUGCAAAGCAUUUGAAAUUGUUUAAGUUUGCGAAACUCACUCAGUCAGUCAGUCAGUUAGUAUUUAUUUGCUCAGCCGAGUGACGGCCGCUUGGAGACGGUACGCGCGGCAUUUAAGGGUUAAACAUAAAAAUUGUUUAAAAUAAAUUUCCAUUUGAGCAACACCCCUUUGCGGCCGGCGAGAUCCGCGAGCGAGCGUACCACGAGCGUUGGUCUGGCAUAGCGACGGCGUCGUCGUCGUCGUCAUAAUCAAAGCACGUUUUUCCUUAGCUGGCUGCGGCACACAUACUACUACAUAGAGACUCAAAAUUAUAUGGUUAUGUAGCGCUAGCUAUGUUUGGCCAGUGAAAUAGACAGACGAUACGGCACGCUGCCGUAAAGCGACAACAAAACAUCGUGUAAAAUCAACGAAUUUGACUGCCUCUACGAUUUGGCGUCGAGUGUGACGACGCUUACCUACCCAAAUAUCAAAAAAAAAAUCUUUAAGCAACGAUAGACGCACAGGAGAAUGGCUGAACAGUUGGCCGGUCGGAACGUCUUGCUUCGUUAAGCUAGUGCCUGUUGUUUCCCUGACUGCGUGCGCUUGUCUGCUUGCCUGACUGCCUGCCUGCCUGCCUGCCUGCCUUACGCGUAAUCACACUACGAAGGAAGUGGAAGCCGACGGUGGAAAAAGAGAAGCAGAGCCGGAGGCAGAAGAAAACUCGUCGUCAUCGGCGUACUCAUCGCCUCGUCGUCAUCGUCGUAGUCGUCGUUGCCAUUGUUAUCGUCGGUUGUGUGCGCGCAGCGCGCGUGAGUGUGUGAAAUCAAAAUCCUCAAAAUUGUCGCUGCCUGCCUACGGUUAACUACUUCCUUCAGCAUAUCCAGACAGAUUCACAUUUAGUACGAGAUCUGUGCGGUACGGUGCGUGACGGCAAUAUUUUCGGUUUAAGCGGCAAACACAAUACGAUUUUAUUUCGUUACGAAGUCGACUGAGCUCAAUUGAAAUCGUUCGUCUCGUUUCGUUACGAUUUAGGCUGCUGCUGCUGCUGUUGAUUCAGUGCGCUGCUGCGGUCAGCAAGAACAAAUAACACACAAAAACCAAAAAAAACAAAAAUCAGAAAAUAAAAUUGUCUACAAAAAGUGCAAAAUUAUUGGAGAAACUUGUGGCCAUACUAGUUGUGCGGUAUCGCAGGUCGUCACUACUACCACACACAGGUACAAACGGAUAUGGGUAUGAAAAAUGCAACACAACAACAACAAGACACAACUAAUGACGCAGAAAAGUAGUUGUGGAAGGUAAGCAGCGCAUAGAAAGUUGCAACAUUGAGCACUGUGAACAUGCGACACGGCGCUAAGCAGCAGCAUAUAGUAUAUACCGUCGUAGAAGACGCAGCUGAGGUAGCAGGACUUAAAUAUAGCGGCAGCUAAACGCUUGACGGCAGUGUUACGGCCACAAAAUACCAGCAUUGUAUACACGCAACAAGCAUUUGAAGAACGUUGAACGCUCGAGUGUGGCAUAAAGAAAUUCGUCUAACGCGCAGACUAGACACAGCUAAUAGCUAAAAUAGAAAGACUAGUCGAAAACUAAGUACGCUGCUAACCGUAACGAGUUUAUAAAAAUUAAAAUACACACAUAACGGCAUAGAACGAAUGUAAUAAAAUACGACUGUGGCGCAGAAAUGUGGCAAAAGCAAUAAAAAUAAUAGAAAAUAAUAAAAAAUAAGCGAAAAGUAAAGGAAACCUCACAGCUAGAAGGCCAGAAACAAGUAAAACACCAAGCAAACGGAAAGAAAACUAAGAAAAUUAAAGUGAAAAUCCAACUGAAACACGCUGCGCUGCGGCUUUACUGCCUUUCUGACUGACUGACUGCCUGCCUGCUGCCUGCUUGACGCUCGCACACGCCUGGGCCGGCCGGACCAAAAGCAACAACAGCAACAACAACACACACAGUCUAAUAGUAGUGUGGAAAUAGCGAUAGCAAACAGCUAGAGGCACACUUCCAACAACAAUUGCGCGACAAGCCAGCUAGUCAUUCAGCCAGCCAGCAAGCGAGCGACGCGUCGGCAUGCGACGAGACGAAGCCGUUUUCGUAAAGCGAAGAAAAGUGGCGAAAGAAAAUUCAUAAUUUUUAAUAUUUAAAAUUAAAGUCGAAGCAAACACACACAAACAUACGCACGCACACGAAUACGGGUACAUAGCGCAAAGCGAUGAAAAUUGAGCGAAAAUAGAUAGCAGCAGUUGUAGUUUUUGUACGUACGUAUCCAUGUAUGUAUGUACGUAGUUGUAGUGGUGUUUGUGAAUAGAAAAUAUCUGCACAAGAAAGUGCAAUUGAAUAUUGAAUAGGCACAGGCACUGGCAAAGCAAAGCAAAGCGUGUGUGUGUGCUCUCAAACCAAACCAAACCAAAACGUCAACGCCAACGUCAAGGCGGGGCAAAGGAAGCGCACGCUUACAACCACAACAACAACAAUAACAAAAACUACAAUAAAAUCACUCAAGCAAUUGUUCAAAUGUGCGCGCAUGUGUGUGGUUAAUUCAAAAGUAAAAUCGAAUUAAAGCGACGUAUGGGGUAUAAGCGCCUGCAAUAGUGUUAGUGUAUAGGCAUAUACGUGCGUGUAUGUAUGUGUGUGCGUAUAUAGUAUAUGUAUUGUGUUGUCGUGCAUGUGCUGAGUAUUAUAUGCACUUGUGCUUUCUUUACAAUUUUAAUUUUAAGCAAUUGUGAAGUGCUGUUGUUACAAUAUUAGUUAAGAAAAGAUAUAAAAGAAAAAAAUUAUAAAAAUUAAAAAUAAAACUAAAAAAGUAAAAAUUAAAAUCAAAAAAAUUAAAGUUAAAACUACAAAAUAAUAUCUGUAGCUUAAGUUGAAACAUUGCUGAAAAUUACAACAAUAACAACAACAAACAAAACUGGUCUACGCGCUUUCCAUAAACGGGAAGACCAACAAAUUAUGUGCCAUUUUCUAAACUAAUUAGUACAGUCGAAGCGAGACUAAAGCGUAAAAUACAAAAUAAACCACAAGUAAUCAAAUUAAAUAAUUUAAAAAUAUGUAUAUAAUAAUUCAUAAGUAAUGAGUAAUAACAAAAACAAAAACAACAAAUUUACAUGCUAAGCUUAGUGUAUUAUGUGCUAAUUACAACAAAAAUGAAGUAAUAGUAAAUAAAAUAGUGAAACACCGAUAUUUCCUAUAAUGCAAAGAAGCUUUAAAAAUGCAACAAUAACAAAAAAAUAAAAAUUGAAAAAAGAAAACAAGUGGAAAUUAACAAGGUCGUAGGUAUUCUUAACAGUAUUAUUAACACGUUAACACACAAACUUCCACCUACCAAACCAAAACAACACGCGUGACCCCCACAACGUGAAAAUAAAGGGAGAAUCAAAAAAAAGCAACAGCAAAAAAAAAUCCAAUACAAAACAAUCAUAAUAAAGCAACAGUGCACUAGCAGCACAACACGGUGCCACACAGCGCGCAAACACGGCGCGACAAACCCACACAACAACAAAAAAUAAAAAUAAACAACAACAAACACAAGCGAAAGGCGCAUAAAACACAGGCUGGAGCAAAACCGUGUGGAGUCGACGCAGACAUACAAAAAGUGUGCGCCUGAAUUAGAAAAAUAACAAAAAACGACGCAAACACACACAUACAACAACAAGCAGAAUAAAGAAAAACGAAAAUGUCCUGCAUAUCCAGCAAUUUCAGCUCGUUCUUCCUCAAUUCCCUCAACGAUUCAUCAGAAUUCGCCAAGUAUUUGAGCAAUGGCGAGUUAAAGUUUUCGCCCUUCGAGGAUUUUCAAGUGUUCGGCUCGGGUGCGGGCGCUGGCACGUCACCAGCGCCGCCAUCGCCAGCAGCUGCUGCCGCAGCCUCAUCAUCAUCAUUAACAGCGCAGCAGGCAGCAACGCAGCAACAGCAACAACAACAGUAUUACAAUGGUGGUGUUGGUAAUAGUGGCAACACCAACAACAAUGCCAAUUUAAGCGCUGGCGCCAACACGACGGGGUUACCAAGCGGCAUUGAACAGCCAUAUAAUAAUGGUGUGGCCGCAAUGAAUUCCAUUGGUAAUUGUGGCGGCACGGAAACGGCCAACACUUCCGCAUUAACGCCCGCCAACGCCUCCAAUACGGCACCGGCCGGCGUGCAACAGCUGCAACAUGGCGCACAUUUGCAUGCUGCACAUCAUACACCCCAACAUCCCAAUACUCAUCUGCCACACCACCCGCAUCCACAUCCACAUGCACAACAUCCUUACGCCGGUCACGCACCGCACACACCUGGCAGUCUAGCCGCUCCCAGCAAUGCCUUUCAUUCACAUAAUCACCUCGCUUCACCGCACCUGACAUCAGCUGCGACGACGCCAAAUUAUCCAACAACGCCACAGCGUUGGACUACAGCUGCCGGUGCGAGUCCAAUGGUCAGCGCUGCGUCCGGCACACCACAUCCUAUAACACAAUUGCAGAAUAGCAAUCAAUCGGGCACACCUAUUGCUGCCAAUCCGAGUGGUGCACAGCAUUUUGAUGGUUCCUUUGAAUUCCUAAAAUACCUGCGUCACUCGAACGAUUAUAAUAAUAGCGAACCGCAAGGUGAUGCUGCCGCCGGCAGCGCCUCAGCUGGUCAAGCGCCAGCUUCAACAUCAUCGUCGUCUAGCUUGAUCGAUUUGGAUAGUAGCACGUCGCAUAAAUCACGCUCGUCACGCAAAGCCGCCGCUCUAUUGUCCUCCGUAUCGCGCACUUCGAAUAGUCUUGAUGCCAAUGCGCUGGACGUCUUCGAUCAUGAUUCCAAACACACCAUUUUCGAUAUGCAUCACAUGACGGCUACAAAUAGUUCCAACUCGAAUGAAUCCUCCAUGGAGGUAUCCAAUUUGGCCUUUCCCAGCUCACACCUCAACGCUUCCAACUCGAAUACUUCUUCCGAGGGCGCCGCCACUGGCAGUUCGGAUUUCGCUAUGUUACACUCGAGUUCGGCGGCUAGCGCGCCCAAGCCAUUGGCUACCUUCACCAUCAAAGACAAUUUUGAUGUGCAUCCAUCGCACAAGGUGGAGGAGGGCAUAUUCCAGCAUAUGAAUAAGUUGCCGGCGAAGAAGAAGGAAAAUUUGAAACAAUUAGGUGUGCGUUUCACCGGUCAAAUGACGCUCUCGGAUAAAUCGAUAGUUGUCGAGAAUUUCAUCAAGUUCUGUCAGGAAUACGACGUACAGGAUCAUCGACCAUUUCUCUCACUCAAUCAAAGUGGCUUAAAUAAGGCGGAUCAAAUAAAGUUUGCCCGUUAUUUGGGGCAGGGACUACCCACAUUUACGCUUUUCUGCAUUUAUAGUAAUUUCAAGAAUCUUUUCUGCACUAAACGAACAGAAAUCUACACAAAAGAUGGUUACAAUUUGCCUUAUAUAUUGGACAAAACGAAACGUUUUCUAUCGAAUACAACAGCAGGCAAUACACCGAGUAAAGGCAACUCUAGCUCGUCACAUUCGCAAACACAGCCACAGUCACAGUCACAGUCUCUGCCACAGUCACAACCCCAAUCACAACAACAACAACAACAGCAAGCACCAUCACAAUCACAACAGCAAGCAACACCACAAACACAACAACAAACAGCACCAAAACCACAACAACAACCGACUCCACAAACACAGCAACAUCCAACACAAUUGCAACAACAGCAAAUUCCACAAACACCACAACAGCAACCUGCACCCCAAUUACAACAACAACAACAAAUUCCACAAACACCACAACAGCAACCUGCACCCCAAUUGCAACAACACAUUCUACAAACACCUCAACAGCAACCUACACUAUUACAACAGCAACCUCAUCCACAAUUAGCACAACAACCACCUCAAUUCCAACAACAACCACCACAAUCGCUACAAUCACAGCCCAUACAGCUGAAACCGCUACAAACACAUCCAAUGCAAGCAUAUCCUUUACAAUCACUCGCCCUACAAUCGCAACAGUUGCAUCAACCACCACAUCCGUUACAAUCCCAAUCACCACAAUUGCAAUCGCUGGCAGCUGCACAUCAUCAGUUGCGUGCACAGUCACCGCACACACCACCGAUGCAACCACUGCGUCCCAUGCAAACGCAGCCGCUACAAGCACAUCCCUUACAACAACAACAACAGCAACAACCGUUACAACCUCAUCCUUAUCAAUCACAACCGCUGCAACCACAUCCACUACAAACGCAACCGCUACAACCACAACCACCAAAACCACCACUACCAACACAAACACAUGCACAGUUGUUGCACCAACACACACCGUCAUCACCACUACCGCCUGGACACUUACAACAGCUACAGCUGCAACAACAGCACCAACAACAACAACAAUCACCUGUACACAUGCCGUUGUCCAUGUCAAGGGGUUUAUCCAAAUGAUUUUGAUGUGUACAAUUAAUUCCUAAUUCCGAAUAAGUUGCUAAGUGCAGAAAAUUAGUUAAAAAAUAAAAAUAGCAAAAACAACAAAAUAAGGAAUUUUAUGUUAAAAUUGUACCAUAUGCAUUAGUUUAUUACAUAUAUAUGUAUGUAAGUAAUUUACAGUUUUUUUUUCUUAUAACAACACUAGCAUAUUUUGUUUACAUAGUAUGUAUGUAUAUGUGUGUGUUUUGAAAAAAAAACAAAAUAAAUAAAAAAUAUACUCGACUGCAACAAAUGCUUUGUGCCACAUUUUCAGCUGUUACAAAAACAAAAAAUAAUAUUAUAAUUUUAUAUAUAAAUAAUUUGAGAAAAUUGCAGUCUAGUAUUUACAACUACAUAUAUGCUCACAAAUAUACACACAACAUACAUAUAUGUAUGUAGUGUUAUUCCUUUAAAUGAGAUUAUUUAAAUUUACUUAGUUAUAAACAGACACACACACAUACACCGGCACUUUUGCUUCGUCAUGUUUGACAUAAAUAUAUAAACUUAUAUAAUAUAUUUACAUGUAACUGUUCAAAGGCAUGGACAUACAUACAUACAUGUACAGAAAAUAACUCUCCUAAAUAUUCUCGUUUUGUGUGUGUUUGUAAUAAUUUUUAUUAUUUUUUGUGUUGACUAUAUAGUAUAUUAGCCAAGAGAUUAUCAUGAUUUGUAUUAAUUAAAGAAUAUUAUUUGUCGGAAGUAACGACAAAAUCAUGUACGUAUUAAAAUGCAACGCCAACUAGUGCAUACUAAUGUGCAAAAAAUAAAAACAAUAAAGAAUUAAAAAUAAAAUAAAAGCUAUAUUAUAUGCAAAAUUAAAA